UUUUUUUAUUUCUUUUCGUUGUUUAGUAACAAACAAAAUGGCCGUGUUUUAACUAUCGACAAAACUUUUGCAGAAUUUGGGUGAGUUAAGUGCGAGGUAACGAUGGAAUCCGAAAAAGCAGAACCGACUUCUGAUUCUACGGAAAAAACGAGUGAAGAAAAUCAAGGUGGUGAUGUAAUUAGCUCCAAGGAAAACGAGACACCGGCUAAAACUGAUGACGAAGUAAAAAGUUGUAACAAAAACGAUGUUACAAGCGAUAAGAAGAAGGAAGUUAAAGCUAAAACGUUAAAUAAUUCAGGUAAACUAAACACCAGUGGCGAACAGGAAGUCGUCGACGUCCCCGACGCGUUUUUCGACGAUUUUCUGGACAAUGAUUUCAUGGAAGGACUUGACAUCGUCGACGAUGUUGACGACGAGGAUAACGAAACCGAAAAAGCGGAGAAAAAAGCUCCGAAAAAAGAACCUAAAUCCAAACCUAAACCUAAAAGUCAACCCUCUCAAAGAGACCCCUUGAAAACCAAACGGGACAUGGAGAACUACCAAAUCAAAUACAAUAAGGACAAGCAAAUGAAGCUUAUUUCACAAAGGUUAGAUUCCGGGCUUGUGCCACCUGGAAUGGAAAUGGAUAUUGAAGCAGUAGAACAAGAAAUGCCUUCUGAUGAUCUUCGAGAGAAAAUUAAACAACUGAAGUCUAAAGGUGUCACCGAGGAGGGGGAGGAGUCCAAGAAUAAACAACACAAAAGUAAAAGUUCCAAGACUAAAAAAAGAAUAUCUCCAGGAUCCUAUUCAAAAAAAGGCGAAACAAAAUCUUCGCCAUUAAAACUAUCACCAGGUCCUAUACAAAGAAAAAAAUCUCCCCUUGUAAAUAGAAAAAGAUCCCCUCUCAAGAAAAGUCCUAUCGACAAAAGAAAUUCGCCGACAACAAAAAAAUCGGUCGAACGAAGAACUUCGCCUUUGAAAAUAAGUCCGAAAAUGGCUUCGCGAGAGAGGUCCAGAACCAUAAACCGGCGAUCUAGAAGUCUAGAAAGUCCGGACAGAAGAAGACGCAGCAUUCACUCGCGAAGCCCGCUCAACAAAAGGCAAAGAAGUCCAGAAAAACCGUUUUACAAGGCGAAGUUCCCGAAACUGGGACGCCCAAGCCCGCCACCCAGGCACUUCAGGAGGUCGCGGAGUCGAAGUCCAGACAGGCGGCGGAGGAACUUCAGGGAUUUCAGGGAUUUAAGUCCUGUAAGGAGAAGGUCCAGGUCCAGGUCCAGAUCUAGGCCUAGGGAUCCAAAGAAGUAUAAGUAUGUUGAGAAGAGUUUCUUGGAGGAGAUAGCGGAGAAGUUGAACGGAAUACCUUCGCAGUUCAAUAAUAGAAUGCAAAUGAACAAUGUUCGGUACCCGGUUCCCGCGGCAGCGCCCUCUAACGUUGUUUAUCCACCCAUACAACAAAAUUACGAUCAACAGUUCUUUUUAGGGAAUACGAAUCUUAAUCCCCCCCAAAAUGUUAUGGGGCAAGUUCCUAUGUCCACUGCCUACCCAAUGCAGCACAACAUGAUGCAGCAGUAUCCCCCUCAACAGCAACAGAUGGCUCAGCAUUUCCCCACCAUUCCCCUAAAUCCAUCAUCCAUCCCCCCCAUCACCAAACCAAACGUGCCGACUGUUCAAAAGCCUGCUCCGACACCCAACAUCAUAUCGGUGCCAUCUGCCAGCACACAAAAUCGAGAUCUUGCGAAGCUGUAUGAACAGAAAAAAAUCUCCCUGUCGGAUUAUCUGUGCAUAUCGUCGAGACCUGAAGUGCAAACGUCAAAUCCCGAACAAUUGAAGGAAAAGAUAAAGGUUAUAUCGAGAUGCCAGGAUGCGGUAAAAUUUUUGGACGUUGAGAAGAAAUAUAGUGGCAAACUGGCCGCCAAAUCGUCCCUGAUCGCGGAAGUACCAACCGCGAAGUACAAAUCGCCCCUGCUGCGCAACCACAAGAACAGCAUACCUUUCACCACGCCCCCUAAAAAAAUACCCCCCGGUCAGGAGUUCUCGGCGUACCUGGAGCGCCUGUUGGCCGCCAGCGGGUUCAAAACGACCGCGGAGGAGGAAGUUGCGCCGUCGAAGGAAGCAGACGAAGAGUCACCAUCAGCGAACGCCGUGAAGCGCAUGCGCGACGGGCAGCUGUCGAAAAUGAUUCAGACCGAGCCGGCGCCGUGCAAAAAGUGCGAACUUCACAAGCGCAAGACGUUCGCGACGGUCGGCGUGCAGUGCGGCGAGUCGCAGACGGGAGACGCGGAGACGCAGGUGACGGAGGACGAUCUGCUGCCGAAGAAGCGCAGCCUGGCCGGCUUGACGCCCGCGCAGCUGCUGGGGAAGAAGAAGGAGGAGCCGAGGAACAACUUCAGGUACUCGCCGAGCCGCGAGGACGCCCGAGCGCCGCCGCCCAGGACCUUCCAGCCGUACAAUCCGAUGAUGCAGCAAGGGAAUCCGUACGGUGCCUAUGGACCAUACGGAUACGGCAGAUUUUAAUUAAAUUAUAUUAUUAGCUUGGAUGAUCGUAGUAUUUUUUUUACGAAUGUUGUAUUUUUUUUUAUUGAUGGUAAUGUAUUUAAGUUACACCGAUUAAUUUGUUCUUAGACGUGAUUUAAAUAUGUAUAUGUUAAUAAAUAAUGUAUGUAAGUA